AUGCUCAGCUACGAAAGACAAAGUACAUUCUCUAAAAAUUCGUUUAAAUUCAGAAACAACAACUUGAAAAAAUAUUCAAACUCUCGAACCAUAAAUCAUGAGAUUGUAGGAAUCCCUCCCUCAAGACCAACUCUUCAAAAGAAGUUUAUUAAAGGACUAAAAUCACCUAUGUACCAAUGCCUUGACUGUGAUUACGUUAGUGAUCGAAAGAGUAACCUUUCAAGACACAUGGAAAAACACACACAAACUCGAGAACCCCCUCGUUGUGAUUCACAAAAAAUUAAAGCCAAAGCUAAGCAAUUUGUAUCCCAUAAAUCUAUACUUAGCAUAAGUUUGUUUGUGUUUUGA